UUAGAAAAAGAACGAGAUAUAGCUAACACUGAAUUUGCUAGGCUACAAAAAGAUUUAAGCACAGCUAAUGAAAAUAAUAGAAUUAAUAAAAAUAAGAUAGAGUUACAAAAAGUUCAAAUUACUACUCAGGGAAAUCAAAUAAAUGGUCUGCAAAUUAGUGAACUCAAACGUGAAAAAACUGCUCGAAAUAAGGAAAAAACUGAAUUAGAAAGAAAAUUCAAGGAAUUACAAAGUGAGUUAAGGAUGAUGAAACAGGACAGAGACAGCCGACCGAAUAUUAACAAAAACGAUUAUAACGAAUUGUUGGAACAAUUAGAACGAUUUAAUCACCAAAUCAGUCAAUCCCAAGCCGCUCAGGAACAGGCUGAACAAAAUCUUGCUAAUUUACAAAUUAAACUAACGCAAACCCAGGAAGAAGCUACUGCUCUAAAUAGACAGAUAAGAGAAUUACAAAUCGGACUAGCAACUGAACAGGACGUCACUGAGAAACUCAAUAUUAACUUAGAUAGUUUGACCACCCAAUUAGCACAGAAAAAUAAAGAUAUUCAAAAUUUACAAAACAAAUUAAAUCGAGAAAAAGAGCAGGCAGACAAAUUAAAUAAGAAAUCAACUAAUGCCCUGCAAGAAAUUCAGGACCUAAAUAAUUUACCAACUCUACCCCAGAACACUGAUGGGACAAGUAAAUCGUUAAAACAACUAAUCAGCGAUUUUAUUCAAAUGCAAAACCAACUCCAAACCGAAAAACUACGGGCGGAUACUUACGAAGCCGACAUCCUGACUGAAUUCAACAUUACCGACGAACCUUGUUGUUUAGGUGGUUACGAAAGAUUGCAAAAGAAAUUAGCCACUCAAGAAAAAGAAAUACUUCGAGGAAUUAGUAAUUCCCUGGAAAUUGAUUUAGCAAACGAAGAAUUGACUCUAACAAAAUUAGUUGAGAAGGACCCUAAUUAUACUGCUAUUCAACAAGCUGAAUAUCAAAAACUUCUCCAAUUAGUGAAAAAUGAUACCUUACAAAAUUGCGAGAAGUUAGGUAUUAGUAUUCCUUUGUCAGUAAAAGAAAAUAUUAAAAAGGCUACUACUUUGGAAAUAGUGAUAAAAGCACGUAAUAAUCUAAUCCAGAAUAAAUUAGCCAAAAAUGGUGAGGAAUUAAAAAUGAUUGCUCAGCAAAAAGGAAAAUUGAUCCAAAGUCAAAACCAAGAAAGUUUGUCUUCUCCCUUCCUUUUCCUGGCUCUGUGGGAAGAUGACAAGUGCCUAGUUAGCAUCCAAAAAGAAAAUGCUCGCCAACAUUCAGAGAAUUUUUUAACUCAUUUGCAGCAGAUACUUGCUAAAACUAAUCAUAACUUAAAGGAGAUAAAAGAGAUUUAUUUCACCUCUGCUCCAAGCGGACAGACUGGAAUAAGAGUUGCUCUGGCAUUCCUAGCCACUUUACAAAUUCUUAAUCCAGAAGUUAAAUUGAAGCAUAUCAACACCUUACUACUACAAGCCGGGGCGGAAAAUUGCAUUAGUUUGCUAACUAUCGAUAGCCGAGGCAGUAAAUAUCAUGCAGCAGUUUUUCAGAAUAAAAAAUACUUAUUAGAAACACAAAUAAUUUCCCAAGAAGAGUUAGAAAAAAUAGUUAAAAAAUUUCCAGAUUUUUCCUGUAAAAAAGAUUGUCAAAACAUUGACUUUUUGACUAAUUUUCAGGAAUUAAAAAAUGAGUUUAAGUUACUAGAAAAAAAUAAAGAUAUUGAUUACUAG